UACUAGCAUAAAGUUAAGAAUGUAUUUAUUUAUAAAGCAAAUACAACUUCAUUAAAAGUUUUCACUUUUCAAUGGAAAAUGGAAACAUGGAUCAAAACAGAGGAUAAUGAGAAUACAUGGGAAUUUUUUCAACAUCAAGCUAUGAAUUGUAAGUCAAAAUUUGAAGACGAUUUUAAGUCACAAUCAAUGUUAAUUACAUUCUCAACGGAACAUAAUGCUAGAAAAAUUUAUAAUACAGAAAAAGAAAAGAUAGAAUUGAAAAGCUUACCUCCAAAUAUUAUCGUUAAUAUUCCACUAGAUGAAAAACUACGUAUGACACCGAUCGUAAAAUUGGAAAAACUUGAAGAUAAUCCUGUUAUUUCAAAUAAUAAGAUGCCGCCAUCACGUAAAUAUUCUAAAAAAUGUACAAAACCUGCUAAUUCAGAAAUACCAUUGAAGCCGCCAAGAAAAAAAGUGACAGUUAAUACAAAAAAAUCGAAAAUUGUCGUUAAAGAAAUCAAUUUGCAAAGCUAUAAAAACUGUGCUUUAAAUACAUACUGUGAAAAAUCACUUGAUACAGUCACAGAGUAUCAAAUAAAAGGAAAUUUUAAUAUAAGUAAGUCUUGUGAUUUAUAUGCAAAUGAUUGUUGCCGUGCUACAAAUACAAGUGAUUUAUUGUGUAACGAUCAAACAAAAAACUUAAUGAAGAGUGAUUUCGAUCAACUGUGGCAAGAACAAGAAGAAGAAGCUAACUGUGAUCCUAGCAAUGAAUUAUCUUCGCAACUCUUUUCUUCACGAAAACGACGGCAAACAAGACGACUCUCAAGUGAAAGUAGCAGCCCCGAAAAUAUUCCAAACAUUCCGAAAUUAAAUAAAAAACAUGAAGUGUCCAAAAAAUGUAAACUUUCCGAGAAAGCUAAUAAUUCAAUGCAGACAACGACAACAUCAUGUGAUGUAGAAGACUUAGAUUCGAAAGAUGUAUCAUCUUCUGAAAGUGUUUUAUCGAAUUGUAAAAUAUUUGAUCGGCGUAGUGAUACGUCAUCUGUAAUAAGUGAAACUUCUACUUCAAAGAGUAAAAAAAAUCAAAAUAAAAUAAAAUUAUGUCGAUCUUCUUUGUACACAACGAAAAAUUUUCGUAAAAAGCAAAAUACCAACUCAAACAUUUUUAUAAAAACACUUCCUCGAAUAACUUCAAAUCAUUUAUUAUUUAAUCAAAGCUCUGUUUUGGCUGAAGAAGAAAUUGAUUUGGAAAAUUUAAGUUCAGUGAAUAGCGAACCACAAACUAUUCAAGUUACGGUUUAUAAUGAAUCACGAAGUUUUGUUAAUGAACCAUUAAAAACUCAUUUACUAUCUAAUGAAAAACCAGCUAAACGUAUUAAUGAUUUACGAGAAAUGAUAUCACCAAAAUACUUUGAAGUUAAGCGACCACCGAAUCGACCAUCAUCAAUUUGCUCAUUCAAAAGAGGACCCGUUAAUAAUCUCUCACCAUUUACAUCGAACAGUUCGAAUUCAUUUCUACCACCUCCUCCACCAAGCUAUCAACAAGCAAAUGAUUUUCAACAGGAGGAUGAUGUUAUAUCUUUAUUUGCUGAAUCUGUCAUAGUAAAUACUUCUCCCCCAAGAUUGGAUCAAGAUUUUGAUGAUGUUUCGAGUGAUGAUGAUAUGAGUAACGAUAAUAAUUUUUCACAAAACUGUUCAAGUUUUUCUGGAUAUGAUAUCGAUGAACGGGUGCCUAAUGGUAACUGUACCGUAACAGAAUCGGAUGUUAACAGAAAUAAGUACUUAGAUAAUAUUUCAAAAACAAAUUCCAUGGAAAAGAAUUUAUUUCAGACAGGUUUUUCCUCAUUGGAUACUUUUCCUAAAAUUAUGGAGCCAGAAAAUACAUUUGAGAAGAAUAUUUAUACAACGGAAAGAGAUAAUAAUUUUCGUCAUAUGGAAACAGCAUCUACCUCUGUUCCUUCAUCCACAGAUUUUAAUACCAUUGAUAAAGUACCAAAAGAUUCACUUUGCAAUGGAAUUAAUAGAGGAUUUGUGGUAAAUUCUCCUAAAAUAUCUAGUCCAGCCAAAACUGCAAACAUUUCACAAGAUAUUUCAUGUACAAUCAAUAAUCCACAGUUUAUAAAAUCAAAUUCGUUUUCAAAUCAAUCUUCGCCUUCAUUUUCACCGUUUAAACCUUUAGAAGUGGAUGAAAUUGCUGCCACCGAUUUGAAUAGUUUCAUAUCAAAUAGUGAUAUAUUACAGAAUAUAAGAAAAACAAAUGAAAGUACGCCAAAUAAUUCUAAGAGUAUCAAAAUGUCGCCUCACUCCUCACCUCACACAAAUAUAAAUAAUAUAGUUUCACAAACUAAUGCCAUUAAAAAAUCACCAAAUAUAAGUAAUUCAACUUUAGUAGAAAACUCUGACCAUACUGAAACAGCCAACGAUGAGUUUCGAGCAUUUUUUCGUACUGUGUGUUUUCAUUACUUAGAAUACGGUUUUUGUGGAACAACACAUUCAGAAAAACAUGAAAUACCAUCAGGCUGCGAUAAAGUUUUGCAAAAACUAUCUCCAAGCCAAAUUAGUUUCACAUACAAUACAUUUGUUUAUAUGGUACGGCAUUUGCAAAAAUUAAAAGCCGUAAAACCUAAUGUGAAAGUUAGCUGUAUGAAAUCUAUAUUAGAUGCCUUAAAUGAUUUUAUGGAAUACCAUGUAGCAAUUGAUAAAAUUUUUGAGGAUAUUGCUAAAAAAGAUACAACUGAAAUUUUAUUUAGUACGAUUGAUAUUUUAUUGGAGCUGUUAUUAGAAGAACCAUCUAUCGAAAACAAUUGGAAUUCAAUAAAAAAAUUAACCUCUGUUAAAGAUUAUGAAAUACCAUUAAAAACAGUCGAAACGAUUUUACGUGAUUGUUGUAAUCGUUUAAAAAUACGAAAAUUCUAUGUGAAAAAUGUUUUCAAUGAUGUUAUUAAAAAAAUUGCCGAUGUUAAUUUAUUAAAAAUUAAAACAGAAUACAUUGAUGAUUUUGUGAAAAUCAUUGAAAAUUUCGAAUUAAAUUGCGUGGAUGAGUUUAAAAAUCGAUUGACAAAAUGUCGAGAAAAUGAAAUGUUGAUGAAUGAUGCUAUGUUUAAAGUUCCUGCUCCAAUAAUUAAAAAAAUUUCUUCUACAUCAACUUAUAUAACUACAACAUUAGAUACCAAUACGACAGAUUCGAAUAUACCUCCUCUAAUUUCUAAUUCUGGUAACUUUACUACUCCUCCAGUUUCCAAUUCUGGUAACGUUACUGCUUCUACAGUUUCCAAUUCUGGUAACUAUACCUUUAAUAAUUCGAAUGAUGGUGAUCGAUAUAGUCCUACAACAUCGACAAAUAUUCGCGAUCACCAGCGUUAUAAACCACGACCGAAAUCAAAGCAAUUUCAUGGGAAAAACAUGUAUAAACAAAAUAAAAAUAAAAUGAAUUAUCAUUUAAGCUUAGUGGUUAGAGAUUUAAGAAACGGUGAUUUUACAAACGGUCUUGAAAAAUUACGAUAUUUUCGCCAAAGACCAGAUUUUCAACGAAUUGUUAAUGAUAUUGCGAAACAAUUGUCACCAGAAACGGCACAACGCUUGUUAAAUGUUUAUAAAAAUGGUUCUAAUUAUAAAGAUAAAAGUAGAUAUAAUUAUCAUGAGUAUAGAUGAAAACUAAUCUUUCUACAAAUAAACAAAAUUAUGGGACAUCAUUUUCUAUUUAUUACUAAUCACACUUUUUCCCACAGUCAUCCACCUUAGUAAUUCACUUUCACAAUAUGUAAUUAAAAUUGUGAGUGGAAAAGGUUUUCAGUGUCCAAAUUAACAUGCAUGGCCAUCUUAAUUGUUGUGUUACGUGAAACAUAAUCAAGGUAAAUAUAAAAAUAAAGGGUGUUUGUUUUACAAUAUGUCAGUGAUUACCUGCAUUUUACUUCACAAAAGGUCAUGUACCUCUGAUUUUAUAAAAGCUUAUUUAUGAUUAAAAAAUUUCCAUCAUGCCAUACUUUUUCUAGCGUUCUAGUCUAGUCGACAAGUUCAAAUUGAUGAAAUAUAGAAAUAAUGCUCGUAAAAAUACCUGUGAUAGUUCGUUGGAUUCGGAAUGAUGUCUAGAAAGCGUUUUGGAAAAAUUAUGGUGUAUUCUAACACUUUAAAGAAUUUAUUACCGUUGGAAGUUUAUCUUAAAGUUAAUUUUUUAACCAGUUUGAGCUAACAAGCUAUCACGCGUACUUUUACGACCAUUAUUUCUAUAUUUCACUAAUUUGAACUUGUUGGCUAGACUAUUUUCUAAAUGGAUGCGAUAUCGCUGAAAAAUACAUUAUUGAGGCACUAUGGCAGUUAUUUGGAAUUGUUAAAGAACUUGAAAAUUAUACAUUCGUAUUAUUAAAAAUGUUCUACAAAACGUGAAAUUGAAGCGUGAGUUAUGAAACUGAUUUGUUUAGCCAAAAAUACUUAUGCAUAUUAAUAUUUACUUUUUAGCCUUCGAUUAAAAAUUAGAGUAAAUCCUCCACUUUCCAUGACCUGAUCAAUGGCCUUUGUGAAUAAAAUGAUAAAUCUCAUUUAUAUAUAUAUAUAUUU